AUGAGCUCGUACUUCUCAUCCUUGUCUACCUCCUCAGCCAUCUCUGGGUUGGGCUCGCGGCUCACCAAUCUCCGCCGCGCCAUCACGCUCGGUGACGAGGGAGACGACCCCGACAACGAAGACUGCUCCCACGUCUCCAACGCUCUUCGAGCUUAUUACACUGAAAAGGGCCGCCCAUUUCCCCCAUGGCUCCCACAAGACCCCAAGGGCCCUGCUCCGACACCUACCCGCACCAUCGCGACUUCACAGCUCCCCUCCGGGAGCUACAACCAAGGACCUUCCAACCUCAACUCUGGCCGGGGUGGCGGUCUGGGUGAUUUAUGGGGUGACGCCCCUACAUCUCAAUUGCACCCGCAGACAGCCAGCCUCCGUCGCGGCCGGGGUAGUAACGCACCGCCGCUCGCUACCGCUAACAGCGCGCCAUCGGGCUCUGUCCCCUCGCCCGGCCCAGGCCUCACACAUUCUCAGUCCCACUCGCCUGUUGGUUCAGCCUCUCCUCACCCUUCUGGAGCGCGACCAUUGCCCAGCCAACGUUCUGGGUCAUACCAGUCUUCUCAGGCUCGUCCGAACUUGGACCGUGCUGGAUCCGGCGGUGGCUCUGCCCAGGAACGACUGCGAGCUCGAUUGCAAGGCGGAAGGUCUCCCAGUCCCAAUGUCGACCCCAGUGUUCGGAAGCCGGUUGGAAUGUCUGGAAGACGGUGA